UCCUUGGACGUGGGCGGCAACAGCCUCACCGAGGAGGCGGCCCUGAGCAUUGUGCGCAUCGAGAGGCAGCGCAGCAAGCUCACCUCGCUGGGCUUGGCUGGCUGCAGCGUCGGCCCGACUGGCGCCGCAGAGAUCGCCGAAGAUGCAGAUGGCGUCAACAGGGUGCUCACCGACCUCAACCUCGGCAACAACGAGAUUCGCGACGAGGGCGCCGCUGCGAUCGCCGAGGCGCUGCGCGGCAACAGGGUGCUCACCGACCUCAACCUCGGCAACAACGAGAUUCGCGACGAGGGCGCCGCUGCGAUCGCCGAGGCGCUGCGCGUCAAUGGGGUGCUGACCAAGCUCUACCUCGCCUUUAACAGCAUCGGUGACGACGGCGCCGAGGCGCUGGCCUCCGCUCUGCGCGUCAACGGGGUGCUGAAAAACAUCAACCUGCUGCGCAACGACAUCACCGUGGAGGGCGCGGCUCUGCUCUUGAAGCUCUUCCGCAAGCGGCGGCACAUGGAGUCGCUCUGCGGCGUCACGCCUGGCCAGACGGAAGCCAACUUUGCUAACAUGCGACUCGGUGACGCGGACGCCGUGCUCAUCGGAGCCGACCUGGAGUUUAACGGGGUGCUGAAAAACCUCGAGCUCCAGGACAACAGCAUCGGCAAGGAUGGCGCCGCUGCGCUGGCCUCCGCUCUUCGUGUCAACGGGGUGCUGAAAGACCUCAAACUCUGGAACAACAACUUGGGGGGCGAGGGG